AUGAAGGAUGCAAAAGGAGGCACGAAGAGUGGGGGAAGGUUUGAAACCCCGAGGAUCCAGAAGAAGGUCUCGAGGAAGGUCAGACCUUGGCUCUGUAUGAGGCUUCAGGAGCAGAAGUACAGGGAACAGCAGAUGUGUGAGCAGUGGUCCAAAUGCAAGACCGCGGAUGAGACCCCCUUCCUGGACGAAGCUCCUCGGCAGCACGAGCUAAUAGAAAAGCAACAAAGAGAAGAACAAAAAAGAACCGGGGGACACAGAACUCACCUCGCUCCCAGCGGGGCCAGUGUGGCCAGCGGUCCCCCGGGGUUGCCUUAGAAAUGCCCCAAGGGCUCCUGUCUGUCAUCCCCAGUGGGACCUAGCUUGACACACCCGAGGCUGGCCAUGGGGAGGCGGUGGUCAGGCCUGACUCUGGCGGCCAUCAAGACCUCCUUGAUCCUGGUGGCCCUGCUGGUGCCCUCGCAGGCUGUGGUGCGGGCCAUCCUGGAUGGGAACUCUAGCACCGUGGACUUUGCUGACCUGCCCGCGCUUUUCGGGGUCCCCUUGGCCCCCGAGGGUCUCCGGGGCUACCUGAUGGAGGCCAAGCCGGCCAACGCAUGCCAGCCCAUCGAAGGCCCGAAGCCAGGUAACAGCUCGCUGGGGGCCAUCGUCCUGAUCCGCCGCUACGACUGCACGUUUGACCUGAAGGUGCUACACGCCCAGCGCGCCGGCUUCGAGGCGGCCAUCGUGCACAACGUCCACUCCAACGACCUGGUGCGCAUGGCGCACGUGUACGAGGACCUGCGGCGGCAGAUCGCCAUCCCGUCUGUGUUCGUGGGCGAGGCCGCCUCGCAGGACCUGCGGGUCAUCGUGCGCUGCGACAAGUCGGCGCAUGUCCUGCUGCUGCCGGACGCCGAGCCAUCCUCCGUCCUGGACUGCCACCCGGUGCUGGCCAUGACCUGGAUGCUGGGCCGCGCGCUGGCCCUGCUGGCCUCGGUCCUCUUGGUCCUGCGCUACUUGUGGCGCCGCCUGCCAGGCUGGUGGCACCGAGGCCCGGCCCCCAGGAGACGGGCCUCGCAGAAGGCGCAGGUGCGCACGUUCACCCGCCACCACGACGUGUGCGCCAUCUGCCUGGAGGAGUAUGAGGAGGGUGACCAGCUCAAGAUCCUGCCCUGCUCCCACACCUACCACUGCAAGUGCAUCGACCCCUGGCUCGCCCGGUCCACCCGGCGCACCUGCCCCGUGUGCAAGCAGUGGGUGGCCAGCAGCGAGGAGGGCUCCGACUCCACCGUGGAGAGCUGGAGCGACACCACCACCCUGCCCGGCUGCCAGCCGCCCAUCUGGGCCAUCCAGGCGCGGCUGCGCUCCCGGCGGCUCGAGCUGCUGAACCGCACUGGCUCUGACCAGCCCUGCAGCGCUGCGUCCCUGGGGGUGUCGUCAGAAAGGUCCCCCCACUGA